AUCGAAGAGAAGAAGGGUUGCUCCUGCUGGGGAGAAUCUUGAAAAUGCUUCCACAGGUCAAGGCGGCGCUGAUGGAAAAAAAGCAUUAUACCAUUGUAAUUAUUGCAACAAGGACAUAUCUGGAAAGAUAAGAAUUAAAUGUUCAAAAUGCCCGGACUUUGAUCUUUGCGUAGAGUGCUUCAGCGUUGGUGCUGAAGUCACCCCUCACAGAAGCAAUCAUCCAUACAGAGUCAUGGACAACUUGUCUUUCCCCCUUAUUUGUCAAGACUGGAAUGCAGAUGAGGAAAUACUUCUUCUUGAGGGUAUAGAAAUGUAUGGAUUGGGCAACUGGACUGAAGUGGCUGAGCAUGUUGGUACCAAGAAUAAAGAACAAUGCAUCAACCAUUAUACAGCCUUGUACAUGAAUUCUCCUAGCUAUCCUCUUCCGGAUAUGUCUCGUGUUAAUGGAAAAAAUAGAAAGGAACUUCUUGCUAUGGCUAAAGCACAAGGCGAGGGCAAGAAAGGAAUAUCGGUGCUUGGUGACGCUACACCCAAAGAGGAGUCUCCUUUCUCUCCUUCAAGGUUCAAGUUUGAAGAAUUGAGCGGAGAAGUUCUUGCUGGACGGUCACCAUCCGGUUUAACCGCUGGUGCUUCUAAAAAAGUCUCAAAUAUGGGACAGCUUAAAGAUGUUUCAGAUGGAACUAAGAUCGAAAGCUUAACACCAGUAGAAGAUCAUGUUGAUAGGAGUGUUGGUGUUAAAAAGCCCAAGUAUUCAGGAGAUGAAGUGCCCUCUCUGACGGAGUUAAGUGGCUUCAAUUCUAAGAGGCAGGAAUUUGAUCCUGAAUAUGACAAUGAUGCUGAGCAAUCAUUGGCUGAGAUGGAAUUCAAGGAAACUGACACGGAUACUGAUCGUGAACUGAAACUGCGAGUUUUACACAUAUACUUGUCGAGGCUUGAAGAGAGGAAAAGGAGAAAGGACUUCAUAUUAGAGAGGAAUCUACUUUAUCCUCAUCCAUUAGAAAAGGAAUUGUCAAAUGAAGAUAGAGAGCUGUAUCAUCGUUACAAGGUGUUCAUGCGUUUUCUAUCUCAAGAAGACCACGAUGCACUAGUGAGCAAUGUUAUUGAGGAGCGUAGAAUUAGAAGAAAAAUUCAAGAGCUUCAGGAGUGCCGAGUGGCGGGAUGCCGCACAUUAGCUGAAGCAAAGAUGUACACGGACCAGAAAAGGCGAAAGGAAGCCGAGGCCAACGCACAGAAAGCGAAGGAACCCACUGCUCUUAUCAACAACAAUAAUAAUAAAUUAAUGCAGAAGAUAAAUAAACCCAUCAGUAGAGAUAAAAUUGAUGAGGGAAGUCCCCUUAGCAUGGUUGAUAAUCACAAAAUAAAAGUUGCAGGAUUAGAUUCCAGCAGUAAAGACUCUCCUCUGACAUCUGGGCAGCCUAUUCUGAGAUCUUUUGAUGACUGGGAUGUCACCGGACUUCCUGGAGCAGACUUGUUAAGUGAAACUGAACAAAUAUUUUGUUGCCAGAACAGACUAUUUCCAAGCCAUUAUCUGAAGAUGCAGGAAGUUUUGGUCCAAGAAAUACUGAAAGGUGCAGUGGCGAAGGCAGCAGAUGCCCAUCAGCUCUUCAAGUUUGAUCCCGACAAGAUAGACAAGAUCUACGACUUGGUGGCAAAGAAGCUCGGCCACACUGAGGAUUUAUUUAAUGCUUAGUAAUUUUUUUUAUAUUUUUUUAUAUUGUUGAAUGUAACGUUUCCUUUGAAAUUUUUUUAGAAUUGUUUGAGUGGCGUCUUCUAAUAAUAUGAGGAAUAGUAGGUGCAUUUUGUCUAAA